CUAGCGCGCGCCGCCGCUGCUGCGGAAUUGACGGGGCUGCCGUCGGCGCGAGAGCGGAGACAGACACUCACCUGGAAAAUAAUGAACAACAAAUUUGACGCCCUGAAAGAUGAUGACAGUGGAGAUCACGACCAGGACAACAGCUCACCGAAAGACGGGGAGAAGGAAAAAAAUGACGAAGAAGAGAAGGACUCAAACACUACCAAGAGAAAGGCGGCGGUCCCAGGGGCCGGUGAGCACCCUCUUCAGUACAACUACUCGUUCUGGUAUUCUCGUCGCACACCAGGACGGCCAGCCAGCACACAGAGCUACGAACAGAACAUUAAACAGAUCGGCAGCUUUGCUUCGGUGGAGCAGUUCUGGCGUUUUUAUAGUCACAUGAUCCGACCGGGUGAUCUGACUGGUCACAGCGAUUUCCACCUGUUUAAGGAAGGAAUCAAACCCAUGUGGGAGGAUGAUGCUAAUAAGAGUGGAGGUAAAUGGAUCAUCCGGCUUCGUAAAGGCCUGGCGUCACGCUGCUGGGAGAAUCUGAUUUUGGCCAUGCUUGGCGAGCAGUUCAUGGUGGGCGAGGAGAUCUGUGGGGCCGUUGUGUCCGUUCGCUUCCAGGAGGAUAUCAUUUCUAUCUGGAAUAAGACGGCCAGUGACCAGGCCACCACUGCUCGCAUUAGAGACACUUUACGCAGAGUCCUCAACCUGCCUCCUAAUACCAUUAUGGAGUAUAAAACACACACCGACAGCAUCAAGGCUUGGGAAGAUUUCCAUGGUCUAGUGAACGCAAGUGGAGGCCGCUAGUUUUUCAUCUGAAGAGUGUGUGAUGGAUUAUCAAGAUGUUUUACCCACCGAAGAUGACGUUUCCGAGGAAUUGAUCUGUUUUUAAAAGAAAAACGAACGCGACGUCAUAAAAAAGGGUCAACAUGAAAAAUGUUUACUAUUGAAGAUGUACGGCUUCUGUUUUUAUAAUCAUCCAAACGCCACAUCACCUGAAAACUCUCACAGAAGAAACUAAAUCAUCAACAUGUGAACGAAUGUUUUCCAGUCAGUCGUUAGCUGGAGCUCUCAGAGGGACACAGCGGGACCACAUAGUUCAGCCACUGUGACAUGAACUAAUGGCUGGGAACUGCCACUGUUUUCCAAGAAGAAAAACAACAACAUGCCCUUGUGUAGUACAGUCACAUUUAACUGAAUUAGGUCACAUUGAGGUUGCAGGUUGAUGGGGAUAUUUUACUAUAGUGCAGUAUUUUAGCUACAGUGUUGAGUUGUUUUAAAAUAGAACUGUUGUACAAAAAAAGUAUAUUUCUAAACGUAUUCGGAGAGCUCUAUAAUGGCAAACUUUUUAUUUCUCCUGAGUUGAGAGAGUGUAAACCCAAAGGACAGUGCCCUGUCAGGGAUGGGUACCACGCUGCCUCUUUCACUGUGCCUGGCCUUCGCCUCCGGCAAAUCACUGAUUUUCAAGAUCGCUCGACAUCCUGGCACUCCGCUGGAGGAGACCACACUGGAGACGUGACUCAUAGGACUCCAAGCCCUGUUUUAGAAAUCACUCAAAUAACUAACAAACACUGAUCUGUUAAUGGGGCUGUGUAUCAACACCUGCUUUAUUCUGCCUGAAAUUCAGUGCUGGACAGCUGUAUUAGAGGUACAUAAAAAAGUGGAAAAGGAAAGGUUUUUAAUUAUGAUUGAUCAUAGCAAUAAAUGUUGAUUAUGCAGCUGCUGCUAAUUUUCAGCUGUGGUGUGAAUCUGGUUUUGGUAGUAUUUCAGUCUUGUGUCAUUUAAAGAAUGGUAAUUACAUGUACAGCCCGGUUAAUGCUAUCUGAACUUCACAUGUAGGUAUGAUUUUGGCUCCGAAAAAUUGACAGUUCUUGCGUCGCUCUAACUGGGAAUAGAAUCUGGGCUAAAUUAUGAACAAAGAAAGUUUCCUCAAUCUUUAUUACAUGCAGAAAAACAUCCAUAUUUGUAUGCAUUUUUUUGUAUUACACAAGAGUGCAUUGAACAUUUAACCCUG